AUGCCGACCGAUUUCAGUGACUCGGAGCUGGGCGACUUCAUUGUAACAAGCCAGGAUACUGUUUCUGACUCUCCGAGGAAAUAUGCGGAUUCCACGCGUCCCUCGAAAAGAAGGCGGUUGAACGAUGACGCUAUAGCGCGAAAAGCAGCAGAUGGAGCGGACGGAAGUCAAUCAAGCGAAUAUGGAUCUGACGACUGGGACGAUGAUCUACCAACUCCUCGGCAUCCGCUUCGAAAAUCUGGAUUUGAUGAAAGCGAAGAAGAGCAGACUUCGAAAUAUAAAAUCUACGUGCCGAAGAAGACAAUAAGUGUUCAAGAGAAUACAUUCGUGUCGCAAACACAGCCACAUUCGAGUCCAUCGCAUAUUCGAGGUCCUCGUUGGAAAAAACCAGAUAUACCCGCCCACGCCGUUCAACAGGUGAUCACUACGCAAAAAAGUGCCGGCAAUGCCACCGGAGACGAUGAUGACGAUCUGCGAGCGGCGAUAGAAGCCUCGCUACAUUCUUUUGAAGAAGAGAGUAUAAUUCGAUCCCCCAUUGGUCAAUCUGAUGACCCUGUGCAAAGGGUGUCGAACACAACACAAACGGCGGCUGGUGUACAGCCAGAGACGAGCUUUGAUCUUGAUGAUAUCCCAGAAGAUGCUUUCGAUUCGUCUCCUUCUUUGUCACCUCAAGCCGGACCUCCGACAUCAAAAUUCUCGAAUCGGCCGAUCCAAUCACAACGAACUAAUCUCCGACAGACAACACUCUUCCAACUAGCUACACGAGACUCGACUMAAGCAAUUCGUAACGUGUCUCCGCCGCCGAGAGAUGAGCCACCAACACAUCAUAAAUUAGUGGAAAAUGAAUUGGAUACGUGGGUAUAUCCGAUUAACAUCGGCACGGUCAGAGACUAUCAGUUCAACAUCUCGCAGAAGGGAUUGUUUCACAAUCUUUUGGUGGCUUUGCCUACUGGUUUGGGAAAGACAUUCAUCGCUGCCACGGUCAUGUUGAACUGGUUCAGAUGGACAAAAGAUGCGCAGAUAGUUUUCACCGCCCCGACAAAACCCUUGGUCUCACAACAAGUCGCCGCUUGUUUGGGUAUUGCCGGUAUUCCUCGCUCUCACACAACUCUUCUGACCGGCAAUGUUCCCCCUGGAACUCGUGCGGAGGAAUGGCAGACGAAGAGAGUAUUUUUCAUGACACCGCAGACUUUGAUCAAUGAUCUCAAGACAGGUAUCGCCGAUCCAAAGCGCAUUGUCUUGUUAGUCGUCGACGAAGCUCAUCGGGCUACUGGUGGUUACGCUUAUGUUGAAGUUGUCAAAUUUUUACGACGUUUCAACCAAAGUUUCAGAGUACUGGCACUUACUGCUACUCCUGGUUCUACUGUCGAGGCAGUUCAAGCCGUUAUUGACGGUUUGGACAUAGCCAGAGUGGAGAUUCGUACGGAGCAGUCUUUGGAUAUUAGAGAGUAUGUACACGCACGUAAUGUCGACGUACAGACUUUCACAAAUUCGGAAGAGAUGAGUCUUUGCAUGGAUCUUAUGUCGCAGGCCUUGCAAUCGAGUGUCGACCAGCUUCGGAACAUGAACGCUUACUGGGGACGCGACCCGAUGAUGCUGACUGCUUUUGGUCUGACCAAGGCACGACAGCAGUGGAUGGCAUCUGAUGCAGGUAGAAACGCAAACUUUGGGCUGAAAGGCAAAGUCACUGCUCUUUUCACCGUGCUUGCGAGUCUAGCACAUUCCAUCGACUUGCUGAAAUAUCAUGGCAUUGUCCCGUUUUACAAUCACCUAGUGUCAUUCAAGUCGAAUACAGAUGGCCAGAAGGGCGGCAAAACUCAGCGCGCUAUAGUCCAGGACGACAAUUUCAAAAAGCUUAUGGAUCACCUUCAACCCUGGUGUCGAGAUACGGAAUUCAUCGGACACCCAAAGCUGGGCUAUCUGAGAGAAUUGGUGCUUAAUUAUUUCAUGGACAAUGGAGAAGGAACCAAUGGAACUGGAACAUCAAACACGAGGGUUAUGAUUUUCGCUCACUUCCGUGACAGUGCCGAGGAAAUUACGAGAGUUUUGAGGCGACAGGAACCCAUAAUACGUCCACAUGUCUUUGUAGGACAAGCCAGUGCCAAGGGCUCUGAAGGUAUGGACCAGAAGACACAACUAAGCGUCAUUGAAAAGUUCAAGAAUGGUACCUACAACACGAUUGUCGCGACGUCAAUUGGUGAGGAGGGUCUGGAUAUUGGUGAAGUGGACCUUAUUGUGUGUUACGAUUCUUCUGCCAGUCCGAUCCGAAUGUUGCAAAGAAUGGGCCGUACUGGACGAAAGCGUGCUGGCAAUAUCAAAUUGCUGCUAAUGCAAGGAAAGGAGGAAGAAUCAUACAUCAAAGCGAAAGAUAACUACGAAAAGAUGCAAGAACUCAUCGCUAGCGGCACUCGGUUUGAGUUUCAUGACGAUAAGUCAGCACGCAUCUUGCCAAAGGAUAUGAAGCCUACAGUGGACAAGCGAGUAGUUGAAAUUCCACUCGAGAACUCGCAGGCAGAUCUGCCUGAGCCGAAGAAGAAGGGGCGUGCGCCGAAAAGGCCUCCUAAGAAGUUUCAUAUGCCCGACGGAGUCGAGACUGGGUUUACCAAGGCUUCUCGAUUUGGUGAGGAGGGUGGUGAUAUCCGCAGUAUGCUACAAGGAGGAAAGACGAAGACACCGGAGCCGAAGAAGCGAAAACCUCAGCCGAAGAUUGUUGAAGUUGUCAAGGUUCCAACCUUCGGGGAAGUAACCUUGACGCCAGACGAAGAGCGCGAAUUAGACGUUAGAUACCGCAAUAUUGGGGGCACAACACCUCAAUUCAUCUGUCGACCACGUAAUGACGCUUUUCCAAGUCUGCAACGAAUCCAUCGACCCACGAAAUCGGUACCACACGGAUCUUCGACACGACGAAUGGUUGGGGCUUUGCAAAAGAUGGAAGCAACACUACCCGACUGCGAUGAGAAAUAUAACUCGAUUCUUGAGGGCAUCCGACGAAAGGCCAGUACAUUACCGACAAAAAAAGUUUCAACUGUUUCCAACAAGAAGUCAAGUAAAUCUAUAACAUCUGACACUCCAAAAACCACGAAAAGCAAUGCAAAUCGACGAGUUAAAAGCCCGUCACCUCCGCGCCAAAUGAAGCCCCCGCUGCCUGAAUCCCCCUUGAUGUGUACACCAUAUGCUAAUGAAAAUGACGAGGAUAACCACAACCCUUUUUUUGUCUCUCAAAUCAGUGGCAUGGAUGCGUCAGAUGUUGAUUUUCCAGACAUCGAAACACUCGCCCAGCAAGUUGAAUCUAGAAAGUCCAAAUCCAGACCGACAGUGUUUGAUAGUGAUGACAAUGACGACGAUGAUGGUUUCGAUUUCUUCAGUUAA